AUGGAUCUGGAUUCGGGAUCGUUGGCAAGUAUGCGUAUAUCCUAUGAACAGGAUGUUCUAGUUGAAGAUGCAGCACCAAAAGACCCAUUUGAGCUAUUGAAUGCCUGGCUUAUCCAAGCAAAAACUCAAUUACCUGCUGAUGCUGAACCCAAUGCAGUCGCUCUGGCUACUGCAUCUGCAGAGACUGGUCGUCCUUCGUGUCGUAUGGUUCUACUUAAAGGUCUUGACGCUCGAGGUCUGACCAUAUUUACCAACUAUGAUUCUCGCAAAGCCCAGGAAAUGGAGAAGAAUCCAUGGGCAGCAAUGACUUUUUGGUGGGGUCAGAGAUCUGCUCGAUUUGAAGGUCGUAUUGUCCGCAUUGACCCAGCUGAAAGCGAUCAGUAUUAUGCAUCCCGUCCAUUGGGCAGUCGCAUUGGCGCAUGGGCUUCACCUCAAAGCACCACGAUCCAAGGAAGGUCAGAAUUAGAGGCACUACAUCAGUCAUUUGUUGAACAAUUCCAAGAUGAUGCUGAUCCUCCAAGACCUCCUCACUGGGGUGGAUAUCGACUUGUUCCUGAUGUGGUCGAAUUCUGGCAGGGACGACGCUCUCGAUUGCACGAUCGUCUCAAGUACUCUCGAGAUAUUAACUUGGAUCGUAUCAAUGAUCCUGCAGCCCAUGGAUCUUGGACAAUGUGUCGUUUAGCUCCAUGA